UUGUGACCCGUUUUGGCGUUUUGCAAACAUUUACGUCAUUUGAGUUUGGUUUCCUAAUUCCUGGCUUCGUCAGAAUUGUUUUACAAUUUAAAUUAAGUACCUCAAUUAAAUAAAAGACGAAAUUUUUUUACAAUGCGGCCAAUCAGUAUCGUCCAUCAGGAUCCUUGUCUGACAGUUUUCAAGCAUUGCAGCAAAGAUACUGUUGUCAUUUGUAUGGGUUCGCCCGCAAGCUGUCCUCUGUGCGAUGGGGAAUUGAAGGACUGGAUGUUCUCCUUUCGCCAGAUUUUUGCUCCAUGGAAAACUUCAGAGUCGUGCCCCUGCACGAUUGUGAUCCGUCCAACGAACGGGAGAUUUCUCCAGGAUUACACAGGAGUAGAGGAUUUACACAUCGGAAUUGCGGAUAGCGACGGGCAAGUUUUGCAUUAUGACGAUAAUGGAAUCAAGCGAGACACGUUCUGGCCGGAAUGUCUGCCCGUUUGGUCACAGCCGGAUGCAGAUUUAUUAACGUAUGGUUCCGGAAGUAUCCCAGAUACGCAGCGGUGUAGAUGGAAUAACACAUUAACGUUACACACACUGUCGUGGAGAAUUGACAAUCAUGCGUACAACGAACAGGUUCGGAACUGUUUCGAUUUUGCGCUUGGGUUUGUUCGCGCUUUGAUAACUGAAACCGAGCCGUUCGGAAACAAGGAAAUGUUUACCUCAGAAGUCAUUCUCCCCAAAAUUCAGCGCUUAUUACGUUUUCUGGAGUUAUACAAAAAAGUUUGCUCAACUGCACGGUCAUGGAUAAUUCAGGAUACCAAGGAUAUGUGAUCGAUCGUUGGUUGGCUGGUGACUGCGCUACCAAACUGAGAAAUACCAUUGAAAUGCACGAAAUGUGGCUUCGCAUUGCUGGUUGGGAGAAUGGAUCAAGACUUGUUAAACUUGCAUUUUCCUGGAAGCGAAUGAAAGAGAAGCUAUCCUAACGGAGGGCGCUGUAACAUUUUGUGUGUGAAAUCUUCCUGCGAAGCACAGUUUUGAAGCUGGAAAUGAUGUGCCGUUUUGUUCUGAAUUUUCAGCAUUGGAAUUGAACUCAGAAUAAAUAGCAGAAUGAUGGUUUUGUUGCCUUGCUCCUCCUGGAGCGCUCUAUCUCUUUAUUUAACUGUCUAAGUCUCAAAGCUCUUGCAUUUCUGUUUGUUUAAUUCUCUACUUGCAUCGGAAUCGCGUCGACAAGACGAACUACAACUACGUGUGCAACACUUUGAACUCACUUUUUUAAGCAGGUAACUUAAAAUCAACACAUGUUUUUUUGUGUGUUUGAUCAUUGGAGCUUUAUUUUUUCAAGCAGUUAUGAUUCAACUUGUGAGUACUGAUGGUGGACGAUUUUGUACCUAAAAGCCACAAUACAUGCAAGCGUUGAUACACUCUCAUACAACGGUUAGUAUUGCGUUGCUAACAAAAUAAAUUUAAAAUACGAA